AUGGCCUAUGACCGCUAUGUUGCCAUUUGCCACCCUCUGCACUAUGGGCUCACCGUCACCCCGCGUGUGUGCAUGCAGGCAGCUGGUGGCUCGUGGGAAAGUGGGUUCAUCCAUUCUGCCAUCCACACGGGGAAUGUGUUCAGGCUUCCCUUCACAGAGUCCAAUGUCAUCCAUCAGUACUUCUGUGACUUGCCUCAAAUUUUGAGGAUCUCAUCUUUGGAUGUUCGGUUUUCUGAGUUUAUGGCCUUAACUGUAAGCAUCUGUAUUAUUUUCGGGUGUUUUGCCUUUUUGUUUAAGUCCUAUACAGAUAUAUUUUCAAUGGUUCUUAAAAUGCAUUCUGUGGGAGCCCGUAACAAAGCCCUGUCCACCUGUACCCCACAGUUGGCAAUUCUCGUUUUGUUUGUAAUUUCUUUGUUGACGGCUGCCUUUGGUUCCACUGCAAAUGAAGCGUCUCUCAGUAAUCUUCUCAUGGCCAUGUUCUACUCCAUGCUGCCCCAGUUCAUAAACCCCAUCAUCUACAGCCUGCGGAGCAGAGAGAUUAACACAGCUCUUCGCAGAAUGUUCCACAGAUAUUUUCAGUUCUCAAGCAGGUUUUUUAGUUAA